UUGGCAGAGUUCCACGCAGCCCUCAUGCAGGCUGGCCACGGCGACUACCACAACCUCAGCAACAACAACAACACCAGCGCCAGCAGCAUCACCUCUGCCACCACCACCACCACCGCCGCAGCAGCAGCAGCACUGAUCACGUGGUUCUGGGCAGCGAGGACUUCCAGGGGCAGAUCCCCACCCACCUGAGUGUGCGCACCACGUCAGCUUCUGGCGUGGAGUCCAGCGACUCUGACGUCAUCCGUCUGCCGCCCGUGGUGGUCAAGGAGAUGGCGGACGGCGCCGCGGCCGCGCCUGGGGCCGCACAGGAAGAGAUGGCCAAGAGCGCAGACGUCGGGAAAGUGAGAUCUCCUAGCACCGAGGAGCCCAAAGGCCACGACACAGACGAGGAGAUCGAGGCUGCCUUCCGAGAGGCCCACAGCUCCAAAUCACCCGGGACAGCAGCUCAGAGCGAGGCCCGUCUUUCGACGAGGACACAGACCGCGAGAACAGCUCCUCGUCCAAUCAGACGGCCCCGGGGUCAGGGUCGGGGUCAGGGUCGACCGCCAUGGGGGCCAAAGGUCGCGCCCCUGACGCCGCCAUCUCCUCCCACUACCGCGGCGACGCGGAGAACCCCAGCGCUUUCCGCCAGGUGGAGCAGAGCAAGAACAGGGAGAGUGGCGGGGCGGGAGCGGGGGAGGCGGAUCCUGACGUCGUCACCUCCUCCUCCUCCCCUUCGUCACGUGACAAGAAGUCGUCUGCUGCCUCAACAACAAGAGACGACGCCCACAGCCCGUCGUCCCGAUCGCAGCCGACCCCGAAAGGUCAUCAAACAGCUUCCCCUCGUUCAGGAGCGGCGCGGCAGCAGCAGCAGCAGAGUCCGGAACCCCACCCCCGGAAACACAUCACGUCCGCUUCCGCCUCCUCCCCCUCGGCUGGAGCCACGCCCACCGCGUCAUCCGCCGCCACCGCCCCCUCCUCCUCUACGUCACAGCAGCGGGGGGAAGAAGUCGGGGGAGACAACGACUCUAUUUCAGGGGAGAUCAAUCCCGUUGUGUUGGACGCCAGCUCCGUGCGGCUGUUUAUCGCGCUGUUUGACUACGACCCCGCCACCAUGUCGCCCAAUGUGGACUCCAUAGACGAAGAGCUGCCGUUUCGGGAGGGUCAAAUUCUCAAAGUGUUCGGGGAUAAGGACCCGGACGGCUUCUACAAGGGCGAGAGUCAGGGCCGGGUGGGGUUCAUCCCGUGCAAUAUGGUCUCCGAGGUGCAGAUUGAUGACCCCGAGCUGGUCGAGCAGUUACUUAAGGAGACGGCCGAGACGCCGGCUGCUGGCCAUAGUGUGGCCAGCAUCCCGCCUGUUGUCCCAGCAGACGCCUUGGGCGACGGACAGCUCGCCUUGAGCGACGGACAGCUUACUCCUAACGGCGUGGUCAGCGUGCCCCGGGAGGGACCCAUGAGGAAGAUGAUCGCCAUGUACGACUACGACCCGCAGGAACUCUCACCAAACGUGGAUGCAGAGCUGGAGCUGUCUUUCAAGACCGGUGACACAGUGCUCAUCUACGGCGACAUGGACGAGGACGGCUUCUUCACGGGCGAGGUCAACGGUCAGCACGGCCUGGUGCCCUCCAACUUCCUGCAGCCCGCACCGCUCUCCGACGACGAGGGGCUGGAAAGUGCCAGUGUGGUGUCCGCCCCGCGCUCCAGCUUCCGAAAGUGAGUGACCAGCCUGCCACAGGCUCAGAGUCCGGGAGCCCGGCCAAGACCCCGGGGGCGUCGGCUGCCACGCCGGAAGUGACCAAAGCAGACGGCGGAGGACAGACCAGCCCCGCCAGCCCCUCGGAGGACGAGAAGCCCAAGAAAAAAGGAGGAUUUCUGAACAAGAGCAGAAACAUUUUCAAAAAGUUUACCAGAUGAGGAGAGUGAUUAGAUUUGAAACCGUUUGUGUAGUGUGUGUUUGGUCGUUAUUAUGAUGUGUUUUUUAAAAGGCGGAGAGGGAAUUGUUCGUUUGGUUGUUUUCUGCGCAGCGAAAGUGUGAGAAAAGGAUGUAGAGAAAGUGGGAAUGAGAAAGGGUUAAGAGUGUUGAUGAUAGGAUGAACAGAAGCAUUGUUUGCCUCGAGUACGCUAUUUAUAGACAAGUCUUCUGUUCUGCUUCUGUCUCAGAACAGUUUGUAAAUUAACAGGACAGAAUCUUGUCGUGGUGUUUUCAGGGAGGAAGAAAGAGAGAGAGACUGAGAGAGACUGAGAGAGAGAGAGAGAGAUAGAGAGAGAGCGAUAUUGGUAUUUAAUAACUCCCUUGACAUUUUUUCUCUUUUUAAUAAUGGAGACUAAGGGUACAGCGGCGCCGAAUGUUGGACUGUGGACAAAAUUAAAGUCAAUGACUAAUCUCGCUCAACAAAUUAACAGUGGAAGAAAUAGAGGAAUCCGUGAGGCAUCGUGGUAAAAUCAGGCGCUCGUCAUAAUAAUCAAAUCAAAGAAACUGGCAUUUUUCUAGGCUUUUGGCAAUUUCAUUUUGAAUUUGCUGUUUUUUGGCUCAACGCCUUUCAUGUCCUUUUAAAAACACAUCUCAUUGUUGAUUUUUCUGAAAAUCAUUGAUUAAAGGCACAAAAAAUGUAAAUUUACAGUUUCUAAGGACUGUCGAGCUUUUGAAACUUUUGCAGCCAUUUUCUCGUUAAUUUUACCUCUGAAACUAGGCGACCCCCACCUUCUUCAAUCGCAAUUCUCUCAACUUCUAUUCAUGACUGAUGAGUGUUUUCUUCAUCGGAAGCAAGACAAAUGAACAAGCUUUAAAAUGAUACCAAUAAAUCUACAUGUCCAAAAAUUGACAAGAGCCUGAUUCCACUGCGUCGUGACACAAAGUGUCUUGAUGGAGGCGUAAAACACUUUC